UUUCUGUCAGACAUCAGAGGUAUUUGUUAAGUGGAGAUGGUGUUGAAUUCUGCUGUCGCAGCAACUGCGUUUCGACGCCUCUCGUUUCCUUAAUCACCAGACCAAAAUUCCCCCACGUGAUUGUGAUGCCUCCGCCGUCUCUCUCUCUCUCUCUCUCUCCCCACCUCCUCUUUAGCCUCACGAGUUUAAGGUGCUGUUAUUAACCCCUUCUUCUUCCCGUCGCUACUGCUUCUUUUAUAUACAUCUUCACUCACUUCUUCCUCUGCGAAUUAGUAAAAAUCCAGAUGGGUCUCAUGGGUUCUCUUCAGAAUGAACUAUGGUUUUCGUUCUCAAUCUUAAUCUUAACCUCCCUUUCUAUCUUCCACUUGAUCGGCGCUUCCUCCGAUCUUGACAGUUCUUACUUAGAGGGUGGUCGUUAUUUUAGCUCUAAGGAUUCGACCCAGAAGAAUCGGAACUCUUCUGGGCGUUUAUUGUUAUCUUCGGAGACAACAGACUCGGAUUCUGGAGCUUGGACUAAGGUGUGCUCAGAACAAGUUUUGGAACUCGCGACACGGAAGGAGAAUAUUGAGUGGUUGAAGGGGUUGAGGAGGAGGAUUCAUGAGAACCCAGAACUGGCUUUUGAGGAGUUCGAGACGAGUAGGUUAAUUCGGGAUGAGUUGGAUCGGUUUCAUAUCGAUUACCGCUUUCCUUUGGCUGAGACUGGCAUCAGGGCUUCUAUUGGUACUGGUGGUCCUCCUUUCGUUGCCAUCAGAGCUGAUAUGGAUGCUCUUCCUAUUCAGGAAUUGGUGGAAUGGGAUCACAAGAGCAAAGUUCCUGGAAAAAUGCAUGCUUGUGGGCAUGAUGCGCAUGUGGCCAUGUUGAUUGGUGCUGCUAAGAUAUUGAAGAGCCGAGAGCAUCAUCUGAAGGUUUGUCUGCGAUGGAUUCUCUGUAUUAGACCUAAAACAUGGGUGUUGGUUGUGGGUUAUCUGAAUAGGAAUUGAGAAUCUAGCACACUCUGGGGUGGCUGAGUGGAGAUUUUAGCAUAAGAUAUUGAGCCAUCCUAGUAGUUCUGUUCUGUAGUUAAGAGUUUUUUAGUUAAACCAUCGGUGGUUGUAUUUUUUUUGCUAUUGAUUAUGUUCAAGAUUCCUUCUUUAUUUGACAAGUUUCUUUUGUAUAGUUGCGUAGUCUUCCUUAAUUACAUAAAUUAAUGAAGUGAAGAAUAUGCUUUCUUUGUAGGGGAAAAAAUAAUAUUAAAACCUCUAUCUUCUUUUAAUCA